AUGAGGACUCUUAAGCUUCAGCUCGACUACGUUCUGACGAGGAACAUUCCUCAGUCAGAUAUCCGAAAAUCUAGAGCUGUUUGGGACGUCGCGUUCGACUCUGACCACCGUCCAGUUCUUCUCAGCUUCAAGAUACGGUUCCACAAGAGAAACCUAGGAGUUCCUCUUCAACCGAAAAUCGACAUGGCAGGUCUGAAAGACGAUGAAUGCAGAAGAAAAUUCCGCCAACGUGUAUCUAUUCAUGUUGUAGUACGGACCAGGAAGAAGCUUAGCGAUGCGGAUUCCUUCACAGAGUGCAUCCAGGACGCUGCAAAGGAAACGCUCCCAGUUCUAUUGCCGAGGAAGAAGUUUGCCUUUGCAUCUGCGGAAACAAAAUCCACAUACAAUUCUGUAUAUGUCGCGCGCAGCGCUGGUGACUUCAACCAGGAAAAGCGUCUUAGAAGGAAGCUGCGUCGUCAACUGCAACAAGACCGCGACAGGUUAUGGGCUUUGGCGAUUUGCGACGGACGACGGCUCCUUUUUGCAAUGGAUCUGCGGAGACAAGAUCCACGUACAAUUCUGUGCGUGUCAAGUUAUGAUUCAACCAGGAAAAGCGUCUUAGAAGGAAGCUGCGUCGUCAACUGCAACAAGACCGCGGUAACGAGUGGACGUCAAGAGCAAUGGAGUUUGAGAAGGCGUGGGAGGACAGGAACCCGCGGAAAGCCUAUGCUCUACCAAAACAGUAUAGCGACAAAAUGA